CGUGAAUGUAUCUCCAUCCAUGUGGGUCAGGCCGGAGUCCAGAUCGGGAAUGCGUGUUGGGAGUUGUAUUGUUUGGAACAUGGGAUUCAACCGGACGGACAAAUGCCUAGUGACAAGAGCAUAGGUGGCGGAGAUGAUUCGUUCAACACGUUCUUCAGUGAGACCGGGGCUGGCAAACACGUUCCCCGUGCGGUGUUCGUGGAUCUGGAACCGACUGUAGUUGGUAGGUUGAUUGAUUGA